AGUACAUCAACUACAAUCCCAAAACUUUUUUUAAUGCCACCAGCAUUGAUUUCACCUUCGGAAAAUGACUACAUUCUUCGAGGCGUCGAUUCUAAUAUCCGCGCGGAUGGUAGAGGACGUCUUGAUUAUCGUCAAAUAAUAUUGGAAACCGGUCUUAUCACACAGGCCAGUGGAAGUGCUCGUUGUAGACUGGGAGAAGGAACUGACGUAUUAGUUGGUAUUAAAGUCGAGCUUGGUGCAGUAGAAUUAGAUGGUGCUGACGAAGAUGUUGCUGCAAUAAAAGCUAAACGGGGAAGGGUUGUCUGUAAUGUUGAAUGUUCUCCAAUCGCUUCCCAACAAUUUGCAGGUAGAGGAGCUGACGAUUUCAAUAAUGAGCUCACACAGAUGUUGGAUCGCGUGUUGAAUGGCCCGCAAGGUGGUUUAAAUCUUGAAAAACUCUGUAUCAUUCCCGGACAGCAAUGUUGGAUUGUUUACAUUGAUGCCAUAGUUUUAGACUAUGCUGGAAAUAUAUUAGAUACAAUAUUUAUGGCUACACGAGCUGCUCUUUAUAAUACGAAAAUACCGAAGACAAUUAUACAGGAUCGUGGUGACGGUGAAAUAGAAUUUGAUAUAUCAGAUGAUGAAGAAGAAUGGGAGAGAAUUGAAGGUUGGGACAAGGUUCCUGUUGCUAUCACUUUGAACAAGAUCGGGUCACGUCAUAUUGUGGAUGCUACGCCAUUAGAAGAACUUACGACAGAAGCUAAACUGCUUGUGACAGUAAAUAAGGAUGGUAAAGUUUGUGGACUUCAAAAGAGUGGUGGUGGAAGCAUAAAUCCAAGUUUGUUAAAUGACAUGGUGCAGACAGGACGAUCACUAGGUCAAAGCUUGAUACAAAGUUUGGAUGAAAUGCUCCAACGAGAAGAAAAUGAUAUUAAUCUGAAACGAGCGCGAAAAGAACGCAUAGAGAAGCUUGGAUUUUUUGCUGCGAUAUAAAAUGAUCAAAUAACAUGUUUUAGUUUUUUUUUUAUUUCAAAUAAAAAUGAAUGUUGCACAAUAUGAAAUCAUUUGACGACAUAGAUCAUAUGAUGUAUAGAAUCAUC